CAGGCCAGCCGGCGCCAUUUUGAAAGUGGAGUCGCCUGCCCUGCCGCUGCCGCCGCCGUCGCUGUCGUAGCUGCCGCCGCCGCUGCUGGAGAAAGAGCAAGAGUGGGGAAGCCCCAGAGUGAAAUCCACCAUCCCGCCGGCUGGUCUGCCCGCCCCUCCUUCCUUCUCCCCCGACCCCCGCCCCCUCCCCCCACAGGUGCCAUCCGCCGCCAUCCGCCCUCUCUACCCCCCCAUCCCCAGGUGAGGGGGGUGAGUUCAGGAAGCGGAGACCCCAAGGAACCCAGCAGGGUCACCAUUUGCAGCGCAACAUGGCAGGAGCUGGAGGAGGGAAUGAUAUUCAGUGGUGUUUUUCUCAGGUGAAAGGAGCCGUAGAUGAUGAUGUAGCAGAAGCAGAUAUAAUUUCUACAGUAGAAUUUAAUCAUUCUGGAGAAUUACUAGCAACUGGAGAUAAAGGUGGUAGAGUCGUCAUCUUUCAACAGGAGCAGGAGAACAAAAUCCAGUCUCAUAGCAGAGGAGAAUAUAAUGUUUACAGCACCUUUCAGAGCCAUGAACCAGAGUUUGACUACUUGAAAAGUUUAGAAAUAGAAGAAAAGAUCAACAAAAUUAGGUGGUUACCCCAGAAAAAUGCUGCUCAGUUUUUAUUGUCAACAAAUGAUAAAACAAUAAAAUUAUGGAAAAUCAGUGAAAGGGACAAAAGACCAGAAGGAUAUAAUUUGAAAGAGGAAGAUGGAAGGUAUAGAGAUCCUACUACAGUCACUACACUACGUGUGCCGGUCUUUAGGCCCAUGGAUCUAAUGGUUGAGGCCAGUCCUCGAAGAAUAUUUGCCAAUGCUCAUACAUAUCACAUCAACUCAAUUUCUAUUAAUAGUGAUUAUGAAACAUAUUUAUCUGCAGAUGAUUUGCGGAUUAAUCUUUGGCAUCUGGAAAUUACAGACAGGAGUUUUAAUAUUGUGGAUAUCAAGCCUGCCAAUAUGGAAGAGCUGACAGAGGUGAUUACAGCAGCAGAAUUCCAUCCAAACAGCUGUAACACAUUUGUAUACAGCAGCAGUAAAGGAACUAUUCGGUUAUGUGACAUGAGAGCAUCUGCCCUCUGUGAUAGGCAUUCUAAGUUGUUUGAAGAACCUGAAGAUCCCAGUAACAGGUCUUUUUUUUCUGAAAUCAUCUCUUCAAUUUCUGAUGUAAAAUUCAGCCAUAGUGGUCGGUAUAUGAUGACUAGAGACUAUUUGUCAGUCAAAAUUUGGGACUUAAAUAUGGAAAACAGGCCUGUGGAAACAUAUCAGGUGCAUGAAUACCUCAGAAGUAAACUUUGUUCACUGUAUGAAAACGACUGCAUAUUUGACAAAUUUGAAUGUUGUUGGAAUGGAUCUGACAGUGUUGUCAUGACUGGAUCUUACAAUAAUUUCUUCAGAAUGUUUGACAGGAACACAAAGCGAGACAUAACCCUAGAAGCAUCACGGGAAAACAAUAAACCUCGUACGGUUCUGAAGCCACGCAAAGUGUGUGCAAGUGGCAAGCGAAAGAAAGAUGAAAUAAGUGUUGACAGCCUAGACUUCAACAAGAAAAUACUUCAUACAGCCUGGCACCCCAAGGAAAAUAUCAUUGCUGUAGCUACUACAAACAAUCUGUAUAUAUUUCAAGACAAAGUGAAUUAGGGUUGGCAUUCCUAGCAGAAGAGCCCACUUCCUGCUUAGUUGAGAUAGUUGAAUCUAGCAUUCGUACUUAAAAAAGAGAGAGGUCCAUUGUGGCGCCCCUUUUCCAGUGUUUGACAAUGUGCCAUUCGACAACACAUUUUUAAUAGCUACAUGGAGAAGCCUCUGUGGAUUCCUCCCUGUGGUAUUCUCCAUGUCUGCUAGCCAUUUAGGUAAGGGUAGGGCACUUUUAAUUUAAUGACUUCUUGCACCAUCUUGCCUAAUGGACUAGAUUGGACUGUAUCAACAUUGAUUUACUCCACUUUUUAUGCCUUCCAUUGUGAUGACGUCAAACACAGUGAAAGCCUUCAGACAUGCUUAUGGGAUUUAAUUGUGUAUCCUCAUUACUGUAUCAUUUGUGGGGUACACCCCUCCCCCUUUUUUAAAUUAAAUACAGCUCAUUCUUACUGUGGCUUGUAGCAUUCCUCCUCUUCUGGCCUCCUGGACUCUUCCCCUUCAUCUCUCUUACCCUUGCCCCUCCACCCAGUCUUGGUGGUGGUAUAUUAAAAAGGAAAGAACGAAAGCACACAAAAUGAGUCAGUUUGGGGUCAGUGGUAAAGGGGGUAUAUGAUGCGAACAAAUGUUUUAAUAACAGUUGGCUGUAAUCACUCCUUGCCGUGUCUGGCACUGAAAAUAAGGAAAAAAAAAAAAACUACUACUGAAUAAAAGUGACAAAGAAUGGA